UCCUUGUCUUUUUUUUUUUUUUUUUUUUUUUUUUUUUUUACCUUAACAGAAGUUAACGAGAGAAUGAGAAUGUUUUCAUGGCAUCCCUUUGAAGUAGAGUUGUCUUACCUUUUCCUCUCUUUCUCUUUUCCUGAUAAAGUACAUACUGGAUUUUUAUUGCCUGCUUUGGGUUUUUCCCCCACGUGUGUCAGCCAUUAUGCAUAGCUGGUUCAUCCUUAAUUUUCCUGCUGGAGUGAUCGCCAGUGAUGGGAGCGGUGUGUGCUUGUCUUUCACUCAAGAUCUGCCUAAAGCAUGGCAUCAGGAGGCUGUUGUUUAUAUUAUGAAUUAUAAAUUUAUCAUCCCAGCUCUCUGAAGUUGCCAGAAAGUUCUCCGUCAGUUCAAGGAAUUGGAUUCUGCUUGGUUUCUUUUUAAUCAUUUUUUGACCCUUUGAGGGUUUUGUAGAGAGAGGAGUCUGGAAGGCACAGAUCUCCAGCUCAGCGUGAGAAAUCUGGAACUCUGGACUUGGUGGAGUGCACUGGUCCCCCAGGUUAGCAGUGGGUACGUCUCCUACAUUUUGUUUCCUCUCCUCUGCAUUUGGACAAAAAUGUAUGAACGGCACAAGAGGCGCUACAGCCUGUGUGACAUCUCCAAGGUGGACAGGACUGUGGACGUGGUGCUGCUGAAGAUAAACCGGGAAAGCUGGUGUACAAUACAGCCGUGCCCUGAUGCAGCGUCUCUCUUGGCUCCCACACAGAGCCCAGGAUGUGACAGCUUCUUGGAUGUUGGACUGGCCAGAGAGUGUGCCUCAAAACCAGGUGUGCUCAAACGAGAAUCCGGAAGUGACUCUGACCUCUUUCAGUCACCCAGCGAAGAAGUGGACAGCAUCAUCUUCUCCAAGCCCGAGGAAGAGCAGUUGGUCUGUGAUAUCACCGGAUCCAGUUCUUCCACCGAUGACACGGCUUCCUUGGAUCGACAUUCCUCUCAUGGCAGUGACGUAUCCCUCCCCCAGAUUUCAAAUUUGAACAGGUCCAGAGAUCAGCAGUGUCUUGACAGCUUCUACAGCCAUGGGGCUGGAGCUGAGGGUCGAGAGAGUGAGGGCGAAGCUGCUGGCUCAGGUGAGAUGGACGAGGAGGAGAUGGACAGCAUCACCGAAGUGCCCACGAACCGCUCUGUGCUGAGGGGCUCGAUGCGCUCCCUGUCCCCUUUCCGGAGGCACAGCUGGGGUCCUGGGAAGAACGCGGCCAGCGACGCGGAAAUGAAUCAGCGCAGUUCAUUGCGAGUUCUUGGGGACGUUGUCAGGAGACCCCCCAUUCAUAGGAGAAGUAUGAGCUGGUGUCCUUCUGGUGUACAAUAUUCUGCUGCCCUGAGUGCUGACUUUAAUUACAGAAGUUUCAGCCUAGAAGGCUUGACAGGAGGAGCCGGUGUCGGAAACAAGCCGUCCUCAUCUCUAGACGUAAACUCUGCAAACACCAAAGAGCUCAGGCACCCUUUCAGUGGGGAGGCAAGGGGUGACUCUCUGAUGUCGCUUUCAGAAGAGGAUCUGGAAUCAGGCCAGAGAGAACACAGGAUGUUUGAUCAGCAGGCAUGUCACAGAUCUAAACAACAGGGAUUUAAUUACUGUACAUCAGCCAUUUCUUCUCCAUUGACAAAAUCCAUCUCAUUAAUGACAAUCAGCCAUCCUGGGUUGGACACCCAGCCACGGAUGCAGCCAGCAAGGCGGGUCUCCUUCUCCGUCCGCAUCUCUCCACAUCUCCUUAAGUCUAAAACUCUCUUUUCUCUUGGCUCUUCUCACUCCAGUGAUGGCGAGGAGGAGUUGCGUAAUUCACGGCCUUUCCACAGCACCAGUGCUAACCUGACCGAGAGUAUAACAGAAGAGACCUAUAGUUUCCUGCCUCAAAGCCCCUCCAAGAAAGAUUUUGAAGGCAAGAGUGGAACAAAAGUCAGCCGCACAUUCAGCUACAUCAAGAAUAAAAUGUCCAGCAGUAAGAAGAGCAGAGAAAAGGAAAAAGAGAAAGAGAAAAUCAAGGAGAAGGAGAAAGAUUUGAAGGAGAAGGACAAGGACAAGAAGACUGUCAACGGACACGCUUUCAGUUCCAUCCCUGUUGUGGGUCCCGUCAGCUGUAGCCAGUGCGUGAAGCCUUUCACCAGCAAGGACGCCUACACUUGUGCAAGUUGCGGUGCUUUCGUCCACAAAGGCUGCAGAGAGAGUCUGGCCUCCUGUGCAAAGGUCAAGAUGAAGCAGCCCAAGGGGACCCUGCAGGCACAUGACACGUCUUCGCUGCCCACGGUCAUCAUGAGAAGCAAGCCCUCCCAGCCCAAGGAGCGCCCCCGAUCCGCGGUCCUCCUGGUGGAGGAAACCACUGCCGUCCCCAUGUUUGCCAGUAGACGGUCGCAGCAGAGUGUUUCACUCUCCAAAAGUGUCUCCAUACAGAACAUUGCUGGAGUCGGCAAUGAUGAGAACAUAUCAAACACCUGGAAGUUCCUGUCUCAUUCGACAGACUCACUAAAUAAAAUCAGCAAGGUCAAUGAGUCGACAGAAUCACUUACUGAUGAGGGAGUAGGUACAGACAUGAAUGAAGGACAGCUGAUGGGGGACUUUGAGAUGGAAUCCAAGCAGCUAGAAGCAGAGUCCUGGAGUCGAAUAGUGGACAGCAAGUUUCUGAAACAGCAAAAGAAAGAUGUGGUCAAACGGCAAGAAGUGAUUUACGAGUUGAUGCAGACAGAGCUGCACCACGUCCGGACGCUCAAGAUCAUGAGCGACGUGUACAGCCGGGGGAUGAUGACCGAGCUGCUCUUUGAGCAGCAGAUGGUGGAGAAGCUGUUCCCCUGUUUGGACGAGCUGAUCAGUAUCCAUAGCCAGUUCUUCCAGAGGAUCCUGGAGCGGAAGAAGGAAUCUCUGGUGGAUAAAAGUGAGAAGAACUUUCUCAUCAAGAGGAUGGGGGACGUGCUUGUAAAUCAGUUUUCGGGGGAGAACGCAGAGCGCUUGAAGAAGACGUACGGCAAGUUCUGUGGGCAGCACAACCAGUCUGUAAACUACUUUAAAGACCUUUACACCAAGGAUAAGCGGUUUCAGGCCUUUGUGAAGAAGAAGAUGAGCAGCUCCGUCGUGAGGAGGCUGGGAAUCCCGGAGUGCAUACUGCUGGUGACCCAGCGGAUCACCAAAUACCCGGUGUUGUUCCAAAGGAUCCUGCAGUGUACCAAAGACAAUGAGGUGGAGCAGGGAGAUCUCGCUCAGUCCCUCAGCCUGGUGAAGGAUGUGAUUGGAGCCGUAGACAGCAAGGUGGCAAGUUACGAAAAGAAAGUGCGUCUCAAUGAGAUUUAUACGAAGACAGAUAGCAAGUCGAUCAUGAGGAUGAAGAGUGGCCAGAUGUUUGCCAAGGAAGAUUUGAAGCGGAAGAAGCUUGUGCGGGACGGGAGUGUGUUUCUGAAGAAUGCGGCAGGAAGGCUGAAAGAGGCUCAAGCAGUUCUCCUUACUGACAUUUUAGUUUUCCUUCAAGAAAAAGACCAGAAAUACGUCUUUGCGUCAUUGGACCAGAAGUCAACAGUGAUCUCUUUAAAGAAGCUGAUUGUGAGAGAGGUAGCGCACGAGGAGAAAGGUCUGUUCCUGAUCAGCAUGGGCAUGAGGGACCCCGAGAUGGUGGAAGUGCACGCCGGCUCCAAAGAGGAGCGGAACAGCUGGAUUCAGAUCAUCCAGGACACGAUCAACACCCUGAACAGAGAUGAAGACGAGGGAAUUCCUAGCGAGAGCGAGGAAGAAAAGCGGGCGCUGGACAGCAGAGCGCGGGAAUUAAAAGAACAACUUCAGCAGAAGGACCAGCAGAUCCUUCUUUUACUGGAAGAGAAGGAGAUGAUCUUUCGGGACAUGACUGAGUGCAGCACUCCCUUGCCUGAGGAGUGCUCCCCGACUCACAGCUCUAGAGUCCUCUUCCGCUCCAACACAGAAGAGGCACUCAAAGGAGGACCUUUAAUGAAAAGUGCAAUAAAUGAGGUGGAGAUCCUUCAGGGUUUGGUGAGUGGAAGCCUGGGAGGCACACUGGGGCAGGCUGUCAGUAGCCCUGUUGAGCAAGAAGGUACGGUUGGCCCUGUUUCCUUGCCCCGGAGAGCAGAGACCUUUGGAGGAUUCGACAGCCAUCAGAUGAAUGCUUCGAAAGGAGGCGAGAAGGAAGAGGGAGAGGAUGGCCAAGAUCUUAGAAGAACAGAGUCGGACAGUGGUCUGAAAAAGGGUGGAAAUGCUAACCUGGUAUUUAUGCUUAAAAGAAACAGUGAGCAGGUUGUCCAGAGUGUCGUUCACCUCCACGAACUCCUCAGCACGUUGCAGGGCGUGGUGCUGCAGCAGGACAGCUACAUCGAGGACCAGAAGCUGCUGCUGGCCGAGCGCGCGCUCAGCCGCGGCUUGUCGCGCCCCAGCUCCCUGGUGGAGCAGGAGAAGCAGCGCAGCCUGGAGAAGCAGCGCCAGGACCUGGCCAACCUGCAGAGGCAGCAGGCGCAGCACCUGGACGAGAAGCGGCGGCGUGAGCGCGAGUGGGAGGCCCGCGAGCGGGCGCUGCAGGAGCGCGAGGCGCGGCUGACGCAGCGCGAGCAGGACGUGCGGCAGGGCCGCCAGGACCUCGACCGUGACCGCGACGAGCUGCAGUUCAAGAAGGGCGCCUACCAGUGCGACCUGGAGAGGCUGCGCGCUGCCCAGAAGCAGCUGGAGAGGGAGCAGGAGCAGCUGCGCCGGGACGCCGAGCGACUUAGCCAGAGGCAGGCGGAGCACGACGCCUGUCAGGUGUCUCACCAACACACCAAGCUGCUGAGGAUCCCAUCCUUCUUCCCGAAUCCUGAGGAGUCCCCUUUGCCGUCUGUACCUGCGAUAGCCAAAUCAGGGUCACUGGACUCAGAACUCUCAGUGUCCCCAAAAAGGAACAGCAUCUCUCGGACACACAAAGAUAAGGGGCCUUUUCACAUACUGACUUCCACCAGCCAGACAAACAAAGUAGCAGAGGGUCCAAGCCAGGCCCCCGUGCCCGCCUCCGCCUCCACCCGCCUGUUCGGGUUAGCCAAGCCAAAGGAGAAGAAGGAGAAGAAAAAGAAGAAUAAAGGAAGCCGCUCUCAGUCUGGUGAUGGCCCCACAUCAGAAGUGCCCACGGAGGGUGAAGAGAUCUUCUGCUGACCCUGCCCUCUGUCCCGGCCCAUGGCUGCCAGCUCCCCACUGUCCUGCCGUUCCUGGGUGUGCUCUCCUACCGUGGACGCCCAUGCCAGGAGACCAGGGCCCUGGACCAGGAACAGAUGGUCUCGAAUGUCAGGGUGGGGUGGGAGGCCCAGGGCUGGUGGCAUUGGUGGCGGCCAACGGCUCCACUGAGGAUGUUUCAGUGGUCCGGGCACUGGUUUGGGGCAUGUCAGGAACUCCUAAAGGCCGAAAGAGGUUUCCAAAUAAGGUCUGAAGUUAUCCCUGCCUUUUAUUUGGGGGACACAGCAGUCCGACAAGCAGAUAGUGGGACUUUGUCCGUGUGCGUACCGGUACCCAUCUGCAUGGACACGUAGGGUCUGCCGGAAGCGGCCACCCUCUGUGGCAGGUGCCGGCUCAGCUCGGCAUAGAAAGUGCUGCCCGGCCUGCUCAGGUAGCGUGUGGGCGCUUGGGGCUCCCCCGGUCCUCUGCGGCAGUUUUCCCAGAACCUUACCCCGUGCACACCUCACCCCUUUUUGCAUGUAUUUCUCAUUUCAUUUUGGAAGGAAGGGCAAACGUUUGUGAAAACCAGUGAGAGAAGGUGUGAUGUGUUCAAAAGGCAUAUAUAUGUACGUGAUCUGCACCAUCCUGAUUUGGGGAUUUCAGCUAUUUAAAAAAAAAAAAUCUAAUUUCAACAUCCAAUCCAAAGAAAUCCUAUUCUGGCUUCCUGUUUUUCCUGCAUUGUGACACUUUUUGGUUGUCACUGACCCACAGCCUCCUGGCACCCUCCCAAGGGAAGAGCUACAGCUCCGGCAGCGAGGUUGUCCCCACCCCUGUUACCAGGACAACCGGCUGAGUAGGUUCAGAUGAAGGAGUUCAGCCCGUGUGCAGUAAUUUCCACCAGUGUAGACCGAGGGAAGCACUGGCCCAGGUGUGGCUCAGAAACGUUUUCAUUCUGUCUUGGGGGCCUCGGCAGAAUUUGAUCUCUUAAAACCUUUUUCCAGUCUGAAGGUCUGUUGGUUGUUGUAGGUCACCCCUUGAAGGUGCCACGAAUGUUGCCUGGUCUUUCUUUCUUUUCCCCACCGUGGGUGAUCCGUGUCUGCUCGAGGUUCGUCACCAGCUGGUUGGAGCAGGACAGUUCGUGGAGUCCCCUCUGAGGCCCGUGUGCCUGCUGGAUUCACUGCUUCCCUGCAGGGGGACAGCCUAGAAAAGUCUGUGCUUUCAGUGCGCCCUUUGAUUCCUGCUUAGUGCCCCUCAGGAGCAUGGGUCUUAGAACAUAGUUGGAAAAACAAAAUCUGUAACUUGGUGCUUGUUGAUGAAUUGCAAGCUGGCCUUGCAGAUGGAGAUAUUUAUCUUUCAGUUUAUUUGAAAGAGGUCUGCUUUAAAAUUUUUAGCUUAGAUUUGUUUAUUUAUUUGUGUGUGUGUGUGUGUGUGUGUGUUAAGGGUAAACAUACCGGCCCAACGGUUUCAGCUCUCCGAUCCACGAGGAACUUGAUGAGCCAGCAGUGCGGCUCACUCCUCAGUGUCUGUCCAAGUGCCUUGAGGGCCCAAAAGAAAAUUAAGGGUUGGGGCAGGGGUCCGUGUCCUUCCCUCCUCCUACCCCACCUCCCUUCUUUGAUCUAGGGUUGUCUUCCUUGCUUGAGAGUCGAGAAAUGCCACUUGUGGGUUACAUUUGCCUCUUUCUGUCCUGGAGAUCUAGCCUUCAGAAACAGACUCUCAGAACCAAACCAACUAAUCUUUUGAACUACGAUGUACCCCCCCCCACCCACCCCCCAAGACCCUAAGGUAGGGUCUUGCACCAGCCCAUACAGCUCUGAGCUACAGCCCUGCCUGCCACGGUUCUCCUCCGGUCCACAUGGAGCCCGGCUGUCUGUCCUCGUCCCCAACUCAGGUUCCCCUCUGGGGCUCCACGUCCCCCCCCCCCCCAGAAGCACUCUGCUGGGGGGAAUGGCCCCGGCAGAUGAAGCCUGCAUUCCUGCUCUGUGUCCACAUAGGCCAGGCCUCCCCAUGUACUCCCCACAGAGUCACCAUGGACACUGGGUUUGUGUCCAUUGCUGCCCAGCUCAAUGGCGAUUUGAAGGUGCCUUUUACUCCCAAUCUGCUCGAAGGUUUAAGUUGUUUUGGUUGUUUUGGCUGGUGUUUUUUCCAGACAGAUUUCACCUGCCCCCAUACCCCAGGAACUCCACUCGGUUGCAUUGUGGUUGGACCAGUGUGGAAUCAGAAUUGGAAAGUAGCUUCCUGCGUCCACCUGGCCUGCCCUCUCGCACAAUGUGGUCUGCAGCACAGAGAGAACUGCUUCCUAAGACCUGUGCUCUGACGUGCCUUUCUCCUCUUUCCCCCAUGAAACUGAACUCCGGGGGAUGUUGUUGUGCUUGCAGAACUGCCUGGAUUGUUGCUGCUUGUGCUUGUGACCUGGAGAGCCGCUCUGGGGCCCGAGUCGUGAGCCCUCGUUUCCUGUGAGAAGGGGUUGUCUGCCAGGGUGGCUCCGACCCGGUGUUCCAUUGUGUCCCCCUGGUAGGGUACCACACUUGUCCACCAGGCUCAAGAAAGCAGAUGCCUGACGUUGCGUUUAAGUUUGGGGGGACAGAUAGAGACAACCAUCCAGAGUCCCCAGAUUUCCAGAGUCUAGUGAAUUUCCUGGAAGGAGGCUGCAUCCUUCUCAAAACUUCUGUCAUCUCAGAAGCUGUCAUCCCAGGUGGGUGACAUGUGCACUUUAACCGCUCUCAUCUGUCGGCUUCAUUUUUGAGACAAUCGGCUAUGUUCGUGGAGGGGGGGUAAAAACCUGCAGUUUGCCAUAAUUCAGCCUUUGCCAACAUUCCACUGUCUACCCCCACGAGAGCUGUCUGUGGGGCAGAAGUCCUUAUCAAGUUUGGGGGGUUGUUUUGUUUUUUGAAAAGGUACGAAUCCUACCUUUUUCCCUCUUACGUCUCAGGGUAGCACCACUGAAAGUUGUCCCUUCAAGAAUGUUCUCCCUCAUUAUCUUGCCUAACCCCUGGUAUCAGCACAAAAUUUUAAGACCCAUGGGGUUUGUUUUACCUUUAUGGGGGGCAGGUGUUGGUGUGUGGGGGUUUGAUAAAGCAGGUUUUGCCUUAAGUGAAGGGUGGAAAAUCAUACCUUAGAAGCCAGGACUCGGUCCAGGAAUUGACGUUCACAGAAGUACUUGGUAUUUCAUCCCUUGGUCUCUAAAGUUGCUUUUCCGAAGCCCGUUCUUUCUUCCCGAGGACUUUGGUAUUUGCACGGGGCUGCUGUCCACCCCGGUGUUGAUGGGUGCACGGUUGGGCCCAGAGGGAGCCAGGCCCCGCUCAGGGCUUGGAGAGCCUAUUCUAGUGAGUGGGCUUCAGUGACCAUAGACAGGGUGGUUUGGAGGGGACCCCAGACGGUGCUGGACUCCCGCCAGUGCUCGGAUGCCCUUCGGAUUUGGAAGCCCAGAAAUAUCCCCUCAGCUUAGAUGGUGGCAGUGGUUGAGAGAGACGUGUGGCCUGCCUGCCUUCCGUUGGGACGCACACGUGCUGGGCGCCGGUUCCCAGCCCGGCGCAUCGUUCUCGCUGAUCUGCAGACAAAGAGGAGGGUUGCGGUUUGUGUCUUGAUUUUUCUUCCAGCGUAGCCUAACAUUCCUAGUCACCCAGGAGCUUUGGAAUCUACCACCUGCUGGCCAGGUUUUAGAAAGUAUUUUCAUGCUGCCAUAAAAGGAAAAAAAUAGGAAGG